GUACGUAGACAAACUCAAGACACGCUGCCCGGUGGAUGCAGAUUUCACUGAAUGACCAAUGGACCGGUCGAAAGUGAGUCAAGUCCAACUCCCGAACUCCAGCUACGCCCGAACUCCAGCAUUCACUCAUCACUAAACGGCGAUCGAGCUCUGAAAAUUUGCCUACAUUUGACAGCUACAACUUCAUAAGUAAUCGUUAGCUAAAAGGCUACAAUAAGCUUAAACAAUGGUGGCAAAACAGAGAAUACGCAUGGCCAACGAGAAACACAGCAAAAACAUCACGCUGAGAGGCAAUGUGGCCAAAUCCACGAGAAAUCCAGGUGAUGACAAGGUGGCAGUGGGACCAUGGCUUUUGGCCUUAUUCAUCUUUGUCGUCUGCGGAUCAGCAAUCUUCCAGAUCAUUCAGAGCAUUCGAAUGGGAAUGUAAUAUCAGGAGCCCUACCGUCAUCACCUGUUUCCAGCAUUCCUCUACACAUCAAGUGGUUUCAUGGUGCCUCACAGGAUCAAAGAUGAUCAACUACCAUCUGUCCAUUCCUUUUUUCCUAUUUCUCUUUUCCCCUUUUUGGCAUUGCCAAACGGGGAAAGCACACCCUUGUCAUCUUUGCCUUACAUAACUGGGAAAAAAGAUUGGAGAAUGAUUGAAGGAUUUUGUUUCAGGGAACUACAUGGGUAUUUGUACAGUGAUGACUGCUGUAUGUGUCGAUUGAUGUGCCAAAACCAAAUGGAGUGAAUUUCUGAUAUUCUCCUGUGGUAUAAAUUCCAGAGCACAAGACCACAGUGACUUAAUUCUAGAUCUAAACUCUUAACUCUUCUUGGUUGUACACGGACAGUAUCUGGUGUCUUAUAGCCUUCAUAUUAUAAUGAAUAUUAUGUGAUGCCUUUUUCGUAUUUCUUCAGUCAAUGAAACUAAAUGGUCUUUUGAAUCAGAAGAAUUUUGCUAAGACAAUGACAUUCACUAUUUCUGCCUAAACAAGCCUCUAAAACAAAUUAAAAAGGUGUAUCCUUGUUUGACAUGUUAUUUUCUUGAGGGGCUGCAUACCCAAUAACAUUUUAGUGGUUCAUGCACUUCAAAUGUUGUAUGAAAAGGAACAUAAACAUACAACUAUAAGAGAGAUUGGAAAACCACUUUGCCCUGGUUGUAUUGUAUUAGAACUAGGUAACUAGUUAAUUGGCUAACUAAGCUUGAUGAGUUAUGAUGGAAAAUGAAACGUCUUUAGAAUUGUUUUGUUGCAUAUAGUAUCCAGCAGAUGGCAACACGUGCAUGGUUAACUGAUGAGUUAUGUCAUUUCCUACUGUAGCGUUGUAGUUCCGACAAGCUGUCAAUCAAACUUUGUGUCAGUCGAUUGUUGUCUGGUACUCUGUCUUGGAAAGCAACUUAAUCAGAACCACACAUUUACACUUUCGAUGGGAACUUUGCGGGCUUGGACAUCAAACCCGGAAGAGAACUAACGUUAAUAAGCGAGACUAGCUGCGUUUACACAGACAGGUUUGUAGCUAACGCUUAGGCUACCUAGCUAAGUUAGCUAACAGUUGUUUGAGCCAGCCAGCAGUAGGCAUUUUCCAUUGCCGAAAUAAGAAAAAUGGCCCAAUUUCACAACCUUUUUGAGAAAGUGUGGAGCUGAAAUCGUAGCUAAAACUAAUCAUUGACUCUUGGGCAGCUAACGUUAGCUAGCUAGAUGUUGAUAUAUCUCAUUCCUUCCUGUCUGCACACGUCAGAGAAUCACCAGUGUCAAUCUCACCCGCGUGAUUGCAUUUUUGCCAGUUUGGGAGUUGUCCCCGGAUAGAUUAGUCCAUUGACGUUUUAUGUUAUGCUUUUAAUUGACAUUCUGACUCAAUACCAUUGUAUUGGUAUUGAGUCAGCAAUGUUUGUGACUGCCUAGUAUAAAAUAAAAUUCCCACGGCCUAGAAAUCUCGACCCUCUUCUCGAUCCUUUGUAUACAGUAAGGGCUACAGUAAAUGCGUAUCUGGUGAAAUCACCAAUUGGCAUCAAGAAGUUGUAGCUAAUUGUGAAAGUUGCAAAGAAAAAAUGUUGUAAACGUGCAUAACAGCCACAUCCAGUGGUUAAGAUUAAAAGCCAGAGCACAGCUUUUUCAGAAAAAUAAUUUAUUCUCUAUCCAUAUCGAAGUGCGACCAUGGAAGCAGAAGCACACAGUUGUCACCGACUGCCUGGGAAAACAUCAAGAAAGAGGAGGAGGGAUGAAAUCAAUGGAGAGAUGGAGGGAGAGCAGGCCAUCAAGGUCCGGCGAUCCACAGUGGGUCUGACAGAUCCAGCCCCAUUUGCUGACCAGCUAGAACCAGUUACCGCUCCGUACGUGCGUGUCAGUAUGGAGGAGGCAUGCCAGGGCACCCCACUAGAGCGUCCAGUGCGGGUAUAUGCAGAUGGAAUCUUUGACAUGUUCCAUUCCGGCCACGCCCGAGCACUGAUGCAAGCCAAGGGGCUCUUCCCAAACACCCAUCUAAUUGUCGGAGUAUGCAGUGACGACCUGACACACAACUUAAAGGGCUUCACCGUAAUGAACGAGGACGAACGCUACGACACCGUCAGUCAUUGUCGCUACGUUGAUGAGAUCGUACGGAACGCACCAUGGACGCUCACGCCGGAGUUCCUGGCUGACCACAGGAUUGACUUUGUCGCCCAUGACGAUUACCCAUAUUCUUCUGCAGGAAGUGACGAUGUUUACAAGCACAUCAAGGCGGCAGGCAUGUUCGCACCCACACAGCGGACAGAAGGCAUCUCUACUUCUGACAUCAUCACCCGUAUUGUCCGCGACUACGACGUGUACGCACGCAGAAACCUGCAGAGAGGCUACACUGCCAAAGAGCUCAAUGUCAGCUUCAUCAAUGAGAAGAAGUACCACCUGCAGGAGCGUGUGGACAAAGUGAAGAAGAGGGUGAAGGAUGUGGAGGAGCGAUCCAAAGAGUUUGUGCAGAAGGUAGAGACAAAGAGCAUCGACCUGAUCCAGAAGUGGGAAGAGAAGUCCCGAGAGUUCAUAGCCAACUUCCUUCAAAUGUUUGGCCCAGAGGGAGCACUGAAGCACAUGCUAAAGGAGGGGAAGGGGCGGAUGCUGCAAGCCAUAAGCCCCAGGCAGAGCCCCAACAGCAGCCCGACCAGAGAGCGCUCACCCUCUCCGCCGCCCUCCUUCCGUCUGCCCUUCUUCACCAAGACCUCCCCUCCCUCUUCGCCCCACCACCUCAGUGGAGCAGACCGCAUAAGCGAGGAUGACGAUUAGGAGCCUCCCUCCAUUCCUUUCUCUCCCUGUGGCUGAGAUGGUGCAGGUCAGGGUUAGGGUAAAUACCAUUUCAUUUCAGUCAAUUGAUUGAAUUUAAAUGGAAUUGACCCCAGCCCAAGUGCUCACAAGGAAUUGAUCAUUCACAUGCUCUUGAAUUAGGAUGCCAUGUUGCAUUUUUUUCCUAUCCCGCUCACAUUACCUUUACCAGGCCUCUAGUGUCAGUCAGGCCUUUGUCAUGUUUAAAGGAAACCACAACACAAUAGCACAGGAAGUUUAAUCAUAACUUUCUGUAAAACGGCUGUUCUUUGGGGUCACAGUGUUGUUAUACACAAAAUAGACGUUUUAAUGUUUCAUUUAUGAUGUAUAAAAUGAAUUAAUGAACAUGGGAAGGUGUCAGCCAAUACGGGCGUGAGUGAUGGGACACUCAUUCGCUCACAAAUGACUCACACUGAAUUGUAUUUGCCAUGCUAAAUCCAUAGUAGCAGCAGAGAAAAUUUAACAAGUGAUAACCGGUACUUUCUGUAAAUAAUAUCUUUCUACUUUCCCAUUGAUUUCAUUCUGAAUUUUCCUUAUGGGAGUCACAUGAAGUAAUCGCUUAAGUCGUCUGGAUUUUUAAACUUCUCUGGUGAAAGCAUAGUUCACAUGGAUAUAGCACGACAAUGGGUAAGAAGCUAUUGAAUCUAGUAGGGGUUAACCAUCGUACCGGAGUGUACGGAGCCCCUUCCCUGUUUCCCAGUCUAAAACUAGCCGGCACCUCAUACCAGCUGUCUGGCCUUUUUAUCCCAUAACAAAAGCUGGUUUCAAACAUGGGGAGGGAGGGGACAUGGGAGUUUCCUCCAAUAUGAAGCAGUAGAAUGCCAUCCCUCCUCCCCCUCCCUCUAGUGAUCACGCUACAGGAGCAACACAGCAGCCUGUUGUUAUCAAUGAAAGACAUAGUGAGCCUCCCUCCCCUCGUAGAUGCAUUCUCUUCAACUGCCUCCACAGAAAAAGACCACUUGGGUAGAAAGAAAGCCUUGUGCAGAAUUCCGAAUACCCCCAUAGCCACCUACCACCCCUUAAGGACUAGGCACUCCUGUAGAUCUGAAAGGAUGGGAUAGCUUUUGCGUUCUGGCUGGGUGGCAUUUGCACUGUGUUGGAUACACCUAUUCAGUCCUUUUAGGCCUAGGACACGCUGAGGUUGUACAACUGAUGUACAAUGCAUUGGACUCUACAGUUGUGAUGCAAUGGAUAUUAUUUUUAACGGAAACAUUUAAAAUAUUGUUGUUUGGUGUCUCCAGAGUGGUUGGGUAAAUAUUUGUGUGCAGACAAAUGCAUAACAAAUACCUGUUGUAUCAAAUGUGUUGUACAACCUGAUGUGAACUAGGCCAGUAGACCUACAGGUGGCCUAAGGCUGUUCCACUUGCUCAGGAGGGAAGUUCCACUAGGGACAGAUCUAGGAUCAGCUUCCUCCCCCAAUACACCUCCCAUUAGUGGAGAAAAUGCUAAACUGACCCAAGAUCAGGGGAAACUUGACCAUACUCCAUUCUGCUUAAUAACCUCCCAACUCUGUAACUGUAAUUAGGUUGAUCGAGGACUUUUGACUACAUUGGUCACCUGAUUAGUCACCAAGUUGAGUUGUUUUAUCCUUGUAUUUUGUCAUUUACUUUUAUUUAAUAUGUACUAAGUGUGUUGGUUUGUGUUAAAGGAGAUCUACUAUAUGUACUUUCAUCUUGUAUAGAUGUCAUUUUUGUACAUUCCUGGAAAAACCUUCUGCUGAUUUUUCUUCUUUUUUUGUUGUUGUAGAAAAUAGUAAUUCCACUAAUCAGUCAUUCAAAAUGCAUUGUGCAUCUCCACAACUUUAUGCCAAUAGAUUCCAAAUAAUUGUUUUGGGGGGGUGAUUUAUUCGAUUUUUUUUUCCAGAGUGCUGAUGCUAUGUGUAAUCAGAGCUGCAUUGUGGCAUUCCUCCCAGACAUGUUUUUUUUUUCAACAGAAUUAAUGUUUAAGCUUAGCCAGAGUCUGUGGUUAUUCAAAUCGUUAUAUUGUGAAUUGUAUUCUCUGAAGCAAGCAACUUUAGGCACUUAUACAAUAGUAUGUGAAAUAUUAUUCUGCGUUUACACGGGCAGCUCAGCCGAUUCUGAUAUUUUUUGUUAUUUUGACCAAUCAGAUCAUCUCUGAAAAAGAUCUGAUGUGGAAGAAAGAUCAGAAUUGGUCUGCCUCUGUUGUGUUCAAUUGAAAUACUGUAGAAUUCCAUUCAUUCCUAUGGAGGACUGCUCCUACUGGGGAGUGCCAAUAUUGCUGACCGGUGGCUUCAAGGCCUCUCAAUGGCCAAUAUAUGGCAUCCGCAAUCCAGGCUUUGUACAGUGCAUUUGGAAAGUAUUCAGACCACUUGACUAUUUCUACAUUUUGUUACGUUAAAGCCUUAUUCUAAAAUGGAUCAAAUAGUUUUUUCCCCUCAUCAAUCUACACACAAUACCCCAUAAUUAAAUUUUUGUAUGUUUAUAAAAAAAAUUUACCUGAAUUAUCACAUUUACAUAGGUAUUCAGACCCUUUACUCAGUGCUUUGUUGAAGCACAUUUGGCAGCGAUUACAGCCAUGAGUCUUCUUGAGUAUGACGCUACAAGCUUGGCACACCUGUAUUUUUUUUCUCUGCAAAUCCUCUUAAGCUCUGUCAGGUUGGAUGGGGAGUGUUGCUGCACAGCUAUUUUCAGGUCUCUCCAGAGAUGUUUGAUGGGGUUCAAGUCUGGGCUCUGGCUGGGCCUUUCCUGCGUUGUCUUAGCUGUGUGCUUAGGGUCGUUGUCCUGUUGUGAGGGUGAACCUUCGCCGCAGUCUGAGGUCCUGAGCACUCUGGAGCAGGUUUUCUUCAAGGAUCUCUCUGUACUUUGCUCCGUUCAUCUUUCCCUCGAUCCUGACUUAGUCCCUCCCACUGAAAAACAUCCCCACAGCAUGAUGCUGCCACCACCAUGCUUCACCGUAGGGAAGGUGUCAGGUUUCCUCCAGACAUGACGCUUGGCAUUCAGACCAAAGAUUUCAAUCUUGGUUUCAUCAGACCAGAGAGUCCUUUAGGCUGUGGUGCCUUUUACUGAGGAGUGGCUUCCGUCUGGCUGCAGAUAUGGUUGUCCUUCUGGAAGGUUCUCACAUCUUCACAAAGGAACUAUGGAGCUCUGUCAGAGUGACCACCUGGUUGUUGUUCACCUCCCAGACCAAGGCCCUUCUCCCCCGAUUGCUCAGUUUGGCCGGGCGUCCAGCUCUAGGAACAGUCUUGGUGGUUUCAAACGUCUUCCAUUUAAGAAUGAUGGAGGGGACCUUUAAUGCUACAGACAUUUUUUUGGUACCCUUCCCCAGAUCUGUGCCUCGACACAAUCCUGUCUCGGAGCUCUACAGACAAUUAUUUUGACCUCAUGGCUUGGGUUUUCCUCCGACAACUGUGGGACCUUUUAUAUAGACAGGUGUGUGCCUUUCCAAAUGUCCAAUCAAUUGAUAAUUAUUUGCGACGUCAUUAUGUGUAAAUUUGAUGAGUAAACACAAUUUUUUCUAUUUUAGAAUAAGGCUGUAACAUAACAAAGUGGAAAAAGUCAAGGGGUCUGAAUACUCUGCCCUUUAAUCGGCAAAGGAAAUGUCUGUCUUGUCAUGAACUGUCAACCUGUUGACUACUAUCAGUUAUAACAGGACUAAAAUAAAUAUGUACAAAGAAAAAUACUCAAUUUUGAAGUAAAAUCACUUAAAUAUA